AUGACUGCCAGACCAACAGUCAUGCUCCUGAUGGUAGUGGUCCUCUCACUGCCAGGCUACAUUCACUGCUUCCAACCACUCUUCUCAUUUGAUUCCACCACUCACCUCGACAUCACACAAAGGACAGUCCUCAGGAAGACAGCUGAUGUCUGCAGAGAUAUUGCUGCCUCUGGGGGACAGGACUUCAGCCUGACUAUUGAUGAGAGUCUGUCAGCUGACAAGGUGCAAAGGGCCUGUUCCUCUACAGGCACUUCCACAUCUCUCAUCUCUACUGUCUUGUUCCAAACUUCCAUUGCAAGUAUAUACUUCAGCAACGCAAUAGUGGAUGUGGUGUUUGCCCUGAGUGAGGCUCACCAUUUUGAUUCUGAGGUCUUCCAGGAAGGACGGGAUGUCAUCACAGAAGGUGUGUCUACCGUCAAGGCCAGUGUGAAGCUGGAGAACUUUUUUGCAGGGAGAUGGACUCUCGGACGAGUCUGUCACACCCUACAGGACUUCUACAGCCACAGUAACUGGGUGGAGCUGGGGAGCAAUGCUCCUUACAGCGUUCUGAUCACACCGGACCAACCACUUGAGAACCUGGCAGGCCCAAGUACUCCAACCUGUAGAAACUGUAUAGGAGGGAACUGUGCUAACAACCUUCUGUGAGAAGUGAGAAGCCCCUGCUUCAGCACUUCAGGCUACUUGAACUUAAUCUCUUCAGUGAAACCUGCAGGUAAAUGCAGCCACGGGGUUUUUUUUGACCAGACAAGCAAACAGGACCCAGAGGGGGGCAUCAAUAAGGAUGGUAUUGGGUCUAGUCAUGGCUCCCUUCACCACAAAGCAGCCGAUUUGGCUGUGACUGCCACUAUGGAGCUACUGGAGGACAUCAGAGUAGCUGUCGGAGACAAGAACUUCCUGCGACUGAUAGGCCUCUCCCAGUCCCCUGUGCUGUGUUUUGUCAUUGACACCACAGGCAGCAUGAGUGAUGACAUUGCCGAAGCAAAGAGAGUUUCCUUUGACAUCAUUGACUUUAAGAGGGGAACUCAGCAGGCGCCCUCUGCCUACAUUCUGGUACCUUUCAAUGACCCAGAUUUUGGACCACUGAUUAUGACCACCGAUGCAGAUGAAUUCAAAGACAACAUCAACAAUCUGUCUGCAAAUGGAGGAGGAGACAUCCCAGAGAUGUGCUUAUCGGGACUGCAGCUUGCCCUGACUGGGGCUCCACCCUCCUCUGAGAUCUUUGUCUUCACUGAUGCUCCAGCUAAAGAUGCCCAUCUGAAAAGCACCAUCACUGCCCUUGUAGAGAGCACAAAGUCUGUGGUUACCUUCCUGCUGACAAACCCCCUGGCCAGUCUACGGCGCCGCAGAGAUAGUCACGGUGUGAUUCCACGUUCAUUGAGCAACCCAGGUGCCCAGCUGUACCGGGACCUUGCCCAAGCUUCUGGAGGUCAGGCCAUUGAGGUCACUAAGUCAGACCUCGCUCUGGCUACAAUUGUUAUAGAGGAUUCAUCAGCCGGCGCUAUGGUGACAGUUUUUCAGGUAGUGAAGAAUCCUGGAGGGCCUGACAAUUUUACAUUUACUGUUGAUGGUUCAUUAAGGAACAUGACUGUAUACAUCACAGGAGCCUCAUCUCUCAAAUUCACUCUCACCAGCUCCACAGGUGUAUCUCAGAAUUCCAGUCAGUCCAGUGGUCCUCUGGCAUCUUUCACUACAGCAGGAAACCUACGUCGUUUAAGCCUCAAUGCUGACAGUCAAACAGGAUCAUGGCAAAUCAGUGUUAACUCUCAUAGUUCUUACUCUGUUAAGGUCACAGGUCAAAGUUCACUGAACUUCAUUUAUUACCUUGUGGAAGCACAUGAAGGAGCCCAUGGGGACUUCAGCCUAAAGGAGGGACGACCUCUUUCAGGUGGUAACGUCAGCCUCUUGGUUUCUGUGACAGGAAGUGAAAGAGUUAAGGUCACAGAGGUGAUUCUGUUUGACAGCUCUGGGCCAACGGAGGUCAACGGAUCACUACAGUCGAUGGGAGGUGUUCACUUCCUGGUGACAUUCAUUGGAGUUCCAGCAGGUGACUUUGUGGUUCGCCUGAAAGGAGAGGACAGCAGCUCCACCUCCUGGUCAAUGCCGAGCAGUUUCCAGAGACAGGCCUCCACACAUAUCAAGACCUCCAGCAUCUCUGUUACUGCUCAAAUCAACAACACCAACAUAGAACCAGGCUCCACCACCUCCAUCCCUUUCACGGUCGCCACAACCACCAACGGAACUGUUGACGACUCUGCAACUGGGGCAUUCACAGUACGAGCCAACAAUGACCGCAGCUAUACUUCCACUUCCCCCAGCACCGUCACCAUCGCGGCAGGAAGUGGAGGCACAGCCAAUGGCACUGUGACCUUAACAGUACCGACCAGCGCUGCAUCAGGAACCGACGUCACCCUUACCAUUGAGGCAGAAAACACAGCUGCCAGUGACAUCAACUACUCUGUCCUCCGGUUUUCUGUGGCUGCCAGGGUGACAGACGUUAACCGCCCUGUGUGCCACGUAGUCAGCACCUCACCCACCAGUUGUGCUCCCUCUGCAUCGCUCUGCGCCUCCCACCAGUGGGAACUCACUGCUAAUCUCACCGAUGGUAUCAACGGGACCGGCAUCGAGACUGUCACCAUCCGCCGGGGGGACGGUAACCUCACCGCCCUCACAGUGGCCGGGGGAGGGGCGAGAACAUUACAGCUGGCUGCCGUGGACAGAGUCGGGAAUGUGGGGAUGUGUUUGGGACAGGCCAGGGGAUCCACCACGGCCGCGACUGUGACUACAGCUGCGGUUGGCACAACAUCCGCAGGAGGGCGCACUUUGAGCGUAUCACACUGUCUCUGCAUCACUGUUGUGGUCUCUCUCCUCUGGAAGUAA